AAAAUACUUGUUGAGAAUUACUUGAAAAUAGCUGGAAAGAAUGUAUAUCCUUGUUCGUGUGACGUGUAAAAAUUGCAAAAUGUACGAAAUAAUUAUAUAGAUGCACGUGUUUGUAUAUUGUAUGUGUGUAAUACAUAUUCUUUAUAGUGCAAAAUUUUUUAAAUAGUCUGUUAAAAAACACUAAAUUUGGAGAAUAAAAAUGUCGCGACAACGAAUCAGUGCCUUUAGUAUUGGAAGUUUAGUUUUAACCUCUAAACAAGAUGAAUUGUGUUAUUAUGAAGAUAUGACAGAAACAGAAUUGCGACAGGCACUCGAAAAUAUCGCUCGUUCAAAUUUGUUGUUAAAGUUAGAAAACGAUGUUUUCGAACGAUAUCUCGCACGUCGAGAUCCUGAAAAUCUUCAAACAAUAGCGCAAAUCUUAGAAACCGCUAAACGCGUGCAAAGAAUCGCGCCUCAGCGUAGCCACACGUCACCCGUUACAAGUGCAAGCGGAAGUUUUAUGAAUGUUCAGGACGGAGACAGAGAAAGUGUCGUCAGCAUCCUAUCCGGAAGUCAGCGCAUUACGCCAAGUCUCUUAACAACCAGAACGCUAAGAGCAGGAACAAAAUUUACAGAAGAAUGGUUGAAAAUAGCCGAUAUCACAAUAGAACAAAUGAGAUUGAAGAUGACUACCUUAAAGUCUCAGAUAAGGAAAGUCAAGCUGCAGAUGCAGCAGAGGAAAGAACUCGGCGAGACUCUACGCGCUGUAGAUUUUGAACAAUUGAACAUAGAGAAUCAAAUUUGCAUACGAGAAAUCGAUGAAAAGAAUCGAUAUCUGCUCGAAAUGAAAAGGAUCGUGGGUCGUUACAGUAUUGCAUUGACCAAGCACAAGGAAAAAUUAGGUAACUUGAUAUCCAUCGUGAAUGAAGUGAGAAACAACAUUGCUUUUAAAAAACAGGAAAUUGUGAAACUGCAAUCGGAAAAAGUAGCUAUGAAGGUUGAAAUAAAGAAAACGGAAAAACAGCUCAAGUCAGUGAUGGCAUUACUGGAUGAUUUUGAGGUUCCGGAUGUCAUAGAUUAUAUUAAAAUGCGUAUAGAACUUCAGGAAUUACAUAAAAUCCACAAACAAUUAAGCAGGCAAAGAAACAUUCAACAAAUAAGUCUCAAUUCUAACAGAUAAUAACUGCAAGGCGUAUCUCAGCGUUUUACAGAGACAUUAUGUAAUUAUUAAGAAUAUAUAGAAGAUAAAAUUAUACGUUCUAUCUUAUUUGACAGAAACAUUUUGACAAUCUGUGACUCUUCUAUUCUUUUGUAUUUCAAGAGAGUCGAAAUAUCCGCAAUUAUGCAAUAUAGAUUGUAUGUAAUAGUAAACAUAGUUAUGUAAAAUCACGAAGGUACAAUGUGUCUCCUCUCCUACCGUAGAAAAUAGAUUUACCGUUGUAGGAAAUAUGUAUUGUGAACAAAUGCUUAUAAGCAGCGAAUCAUAACUUGCUCUUCGCGAACUUAUAUUCAAGGGACUUAUUUCUCUUAACUCCAUUUAAUAACUCAAGUUACAUUGUAAAUAUACUACAAAAUUAUAUUUAUGCAUUUGGAGUUAUGCUUGAGUUUUGUAGGAAUAAACUUAAAAUAUAUAUGUCAGCUUUACUGUUUUAUUAUAAAAAUAGAAUUGAUUUAAAAUAUUAGUGUGUGAUAUAAAAUAUUAGUGCGAAUUAUAUAGAGAGAGAUUUAUAAUUAUUCUUAAUAUACUUUAUUAAGAAUAAAAAAACAUCAGGUUUGAUAUUACUUAUAAAGCAUAAGAGACAAUUCUGUGACAAUGACUAUCGUACGGUUGUGCUGUCACUGAUUACGCCACUAGUAAUUAAAGUUACGGUAUUUGUCUACAAGAUGAAGGAAGUUUGGCUAUAUACUCUGCUGCGUACAAAUUAUUACCUUUACAAACCUUUUUCUUUUGAUUAAUAUUUAGAAAAAAAUAAAGUACACAACAUUCUCUUUUAUAUAUAAAAUUUAUCUCUUUUCCAUGACACAGCUGUGAAUUAUAACGAAAGAAAUUGCAAGAAAUAUUUGCUUUGCUUUGGUAUAAUAAAUAUGAGAUCAUAAAAAUAUUGAAGAUUUUUAUGAAUUAACUGUUAUGAGAUAAGCAAUUGCGAAAUUAAAGCGACGUAGGAAGAUUAUGGCGUGUGCCGCGAUGCGUUAGACAGUUACGCUUCACGCACCGAUAGUGCCUGUCCCUUCCUCUUUUCGCCCAUGGAAUAUCUGUCCCGGAAAGACCCGUCUCUUUUUCUGCCGUGAUUCAGUUUUGCCGCGACGACAUCGAGUUGCUGUUUCUUCAAUCAGUUGCCGAGUGAUGACGACGUGAUCGAUUGUCA